UUUUGUGUUGUUAUCUAUGAUCAUAUGCCUUAUGUUUCGUUUCUCACAGCCGACCACACAAACGAUUAAGGAUUUGCCUCAAAAUGUUUUCUUAUUUACUAUUGACGGCCUUUCUUGCAGUUAUUUCCUAUACAAACGGAUCUGACGAGAAGCGAAUCCUUCUCAGUGAUCCACAGUACAUCCAACAGGAGCUGACCAGAUUCCAGUCAGAACUUCAGGAGAUACAAGUCAAGUACAACACACUUCAGGCUAAAGUCACUACCUUUGAAAACGCUUUCAUUUCCCAAGGUGACAAGGGAGCCGUCUUGACAAGAUGGGGUAGAAGUGACUGUCCGGCCAAUAUAACUACGAUGGUUUACUCAGGUACUGCUGGUGGGUCGUUUUAUACACAUACCGGGGCUGCAGCAGAAUACGUGUGUAUGCCUGACGAUCCAAUCUGGGGACCAAACAAGGAUUUAGUGUAUAGUGAAUCUGUUGGAUACAUCUACGGAGCUGAAUACCAAGAGCCAGAUACUCUGUUUGGAAUGUCGGAUUACGCAGAGGAUGUACCGUGUGCCAUCUGUCUUGGUGAACAAUACACCGCCUCUCUCAUGAUCCCGGGUAGGACACAAUGCUACCCUGGGUGGACGGAAGUCUAUCACGGUAACCUAGCGUCCGGUUACCAUGGUCACGCGGCAGCCUCACAAUACGUUUGUGUUGAUGAGCAUGCACAGGCAAUCCCCGGAGGUGGUACCCACGACGAGGAAGGAAAACUGUUCUACGGCGUGAAGGCUAAAUGUGGAGCUUUGCCUUGUCCGCCGUACGAGGACGGAAAGUUUCUCUCUUGUGUUGUCUGUAUGAAGUGAAAACAUUGUCAAUAUUGUGAAAACACAAAUUAAACUUUCAGUGAAUAUUCCUUUAUAAGUAAUAAUACAGAACGUGAAUAAAGAGCAAACUUGUCUGUGACGUA